AUGCAUAUUUUAUUGCAGAAUGCAGUUUAUAUGUCUUGCAUGGCUUGUGUAUCUUUCGUGUCUUGUUUUUUAGAGGGAUAUUGUUGGACAAGAACUGGGGAACGGCAAGUAGCGAGGCUGAGAGCUCAGUAUCUUAAGGCUGUUCUUCGCCAAGACGUCGAGUUUUUCGACAUGAAGGUUGAAUCAUCAACAGAAGUUGUUACUAGUGUUUCCAGUGACAGCAUUGUCAUUCAAGACUUUCUCAGUGAGAAGAUGCCAAACUUCAUUAUGAAUUGUUCAACAUUUGUUGGUGGAUAUUUGGUUGGUUUCUUCAUUAUGUGGAGAUUGGCUUUGGUUGUUUUCCCAACUGUUGUGCUUCUUAUGAUACCUGGGAUCAUCUAUGGGAGAAUUCUUAUCAGCAUUUCAAGGAAGAUCAGAGAAGAAUACAACAAAGCCGGGGCAAUUGCCGGGCAGGCGAUUUCCUCGAUUCGAACUGUAUAUUCUUUUGUCAGUGAACAGAGGACGAUAAAAGAGUUUGGUGUUGCCCUUGAAGGCUCAUUCAAGCUAGGAGUGAGACAAGGGUUGAUCAAAGGCAUUGCAACAGGAAGUAAUUGUAUAACUAUUGCAAUUUGGGCAUUAACGAUUUGGUAUGGCAGUAAAGAAGUCAUGUUUCAUGGAGCUAAAGGAGGGACUAUUUAUGCUGUAGGAGUUUCUAUAAUCACUGGUGGAUUGGCAUUUGGAUCAGCCGUUUCCAAUAUUAGAUACUUCUCAGAUGCAAUGUCAGCUGGGGAAAGAAUAAUGGAAGUGAUGAAGAGAGUGCCUAAGAUUGACUCAGAAAGUCAAGAAGGUGAAAUCUUGGAGAGUUUCGUAGGGGAGUUGGAGUUCAAAGACGUGCACUUUGCAUAUCCUUCAAGGCCGAAGAGUCUUGUGCUUAAUGACUUCAACUUGAAAAUUCCGGCAGGGAGGAUUGUAGCAUUGGUAGGAUCAAGCGGGUCAGGGAAGUCAACGGUGAUUGGAUUGCUAGAAAGGUUCUAUGACCCAGUUUUUGGCUCAAUCCAGGUUGAUGGAGUGGAUAUCAAGAAGUUGAAACUGAAAUGGUUGAGAUCUCAAAUGGGAUUAGUGAGCCAAGAGCCUGCUCUAUUUGCUACUUCUGUUAAGGAGAACAUACUGUUUGGCAAAGAGGAUGCUUCAAUGGAAGAAGUUGUGGCUGCUGCAAAAAUUGCAAAUGCUCAUGAAUUCAUUUCAAACCUUUCUAAUGGUUAUGACACUCAGGUAGGAGAAAGGGGAGUUCAAAUAUCAGGAGGACAGAAACAGAGGAUUGCUAUAGCAAGAGCAGUGAUAAAAUCUCCAAAGAUUCUUAUGCUUGAUGAGGCCACCAGUGCAUUAGACACUGAAUCAGAGAAAAUAGUUCAGGAAGCACUCGACACAGCCUCUGUUGGCCGGACUAGCAUUGUUAUUGCUCACCGAUUGUCUACUGUCAGAAAUGCAGAUAUGAUUGCUGUUGUACAAGAUGGGCAUGUCGCAGAGACGGGAAUUCAUGAGGAACUUAUGCGUGAUGAGCCUUGUCUUUAUUCAUCCCUUGUUCGGCUUCAACAAGGCAAAGGAAUAUCAGAUGAAUGCUCAUCCAUGGAUUCAUUAACAGCAGUGAUAUUAUCAGAAGAUCAAUCACCUAGCCAAAAGAUUAAAGAAGACAUGCCAAAUUCAAACCUUAAAUCUGAAGAAAAACCAAAACGAGCAUUCCCAGCACCUUCAUUUCAGAGACUAUUGCUUCUGAAUGCACCCGAGUGGAAACUAGGCACACUGGGCUGCUUCGUUGCAAUGGUAUUUGGUGCGAUACAACCUCUGUAUGCAUUCGCAAUGGGGAGCAUGAUAUCUGUCUUCUUUCUCAAGAACCAUGAUUAGAUCAAGGAGAAAACCAGGACUUAUUCUUUGAUUUUUCUUUCCUUAUCUUUCUUAUCCUUUCUCAGUAAUGUUGCACAGCAUUUUAGUUUUGGUGCAAUGGGUGAGUACCUUACUAAGAGAGUACGAGAGCAAAUACUGUCAAAAAUACUUACAUUUGAAGUUGCAUGGUUCGACAAGGAUGAGAACUCCACAGGAGCGAUUUGCUAUCGUCUAGCCAAAGAUGCUUUUGUGGUAAGAUCAUUGGUAGGAGAUAGGAUGUCACUGCUAGUUCAAACAAUAUCAGCAACUGUCAUUGCUUGCACACUUGGGCUAGUCACGGCAUGGAGAUUGGCUUUGAUCAUGAUAACUGUACAACCUUUGAUCAUCAUUUGCUUCUAUUCUCGCAAAAUGCUUCUCAUGAACAUGUCAAGCAAAGCUGUUAAAGCUCAAUUGGAAAGCAGCAAACUUGCUGCUGAGGCUGUUUCCAAUCAUCACACUGUCACUGCUUUUUCCUCUCAAGAGAAGAUUCUCCGGUUAUUUGAGCUGACACAAGAGGGUCCCGGAAAGGAAAAUCUACGACAAUCUUGGAUUGCUGGAUUUGUCCUUGCUAUUUCCUAUAGCUUUACCAAAUGCGUAUUUGCUCUCAGUUUUUGGUAUGGAGGGAGAUUGGUGUCUCAUCAUCUAUUAACUCCUAAAGCACUCUUUGAGACUUUUUUAGUUCUAGUUGGUACUGGCCAGGCUAUUGCAAAUGCCGGAAGCAUGACUAGUGAUCUGGCCAAUGGAACUGAAACAGUUAGUUCUGUGUUUGCAAUUCUUGAUCAUCAAACAUGCAUUGAAUCAGAGGAUCCCAAGGGUGAUUCCCCAAAAAAGUUAAUCGGGAGUGUUGACAUUGUUGAUGUGGAUUUUGCAUAUCCAUCACGACCAGAUGUCUUGAUCUUCAACAACUUUUCAUUAAGCAUUGAAGCCGGUAAAUCAACUGCAUUGGUGGGACGUAGUGGAUCUGGCAAGUCAACUAUCAUCGGUCUCAUUGAGAGGUUUUAUGACCCGUUGAUGGGAUCCAUAAUGAUUGAUAAUAAGGACAUAAAGACUUACCAUCUCCGAUGUUUGAGAAGGCACAUUGCAAUGGUAGGUCAAGAACCGGUUUUGUUUGCAGGCACUAUUCAAGAAAAUAUUGCUUAUGGUGUCGAUAAGACUACAGAAGCGGAAAUAGAGUCCGCCGCAAGGGCGGCUAACGCCCACGAAUUUGUUAGCGGUCUAAAAGAUGGAUAUAAAACAUGGUGCGGAGAUAAAGGGACCCAAUUAUCAGGUGGGCAAAGACAACGUAUUGCUAUUGCUCGAGCAAUAUUAAAGAACCCGAGCAUUUUGCUUUUGGAUGAGGCGACAAGUGCAUUGGAUACUCAAUCGGAGAAAGUAGUGCAAGACGCAUUGGAGAAGGUAAUGAUUGGGAGGACUUGUGUUGUGGUUGCACAUAGACUGAGUACAAUACAAAAUUGUGAUACCAUUGUUGUUCUUGAGAAGGGAAUGGUGGUCGAGAAAGGUACUCAUGCUGCUCUCCUUGAGAAGGGUCAGUCAGGCUCUUACUUUUCAUUAGUUAGCCUCCAACAGAGGAAUUUGAAUGUGUAAUCUUGCUUUUUAUUGGACAGUUAUGCUGAUUAUAGGGACCACAAUUAUUAUAAUGGUGAAUAAACAAAAGAUUGACAAAACUAUGUAUCAAGUUU